UUGGCAUUAAACGCACACACACGCGCGCACACCUAACAACCCACGCGCAGGUGCUCUUUAAAGCAGGAAAUCGAGAGCACGGACAUUCUGUCGCCCGGCCAUCGAGUGGUCACAGAAGCAAUGUUGUGCGGCGCUGGCACGCUGACGACGUGAACAAGGGCAGAAGGUGAGCGCGAGGUUUUGUCGGAGGAGGAGGAGGAAGGGACGAGUGCGGCAGUGAUGGACCGCGUAUCGAGAGCAGGCAGGCGUGGUGCUGGUGCGAUAGGGGCAUUGUCAAUGCCCGGCGUAGCAGCAGAGACUUCGCACAGAGCUAACUUAUAGACCGGGAAACGAACCUCGUUUUGCCUCCCCUCUACCUCCUCCUCCUCGUCCUCCUCGUCUUCUUCUUGUCGCUCUGUUGCGUGGGUGGCAGCUCUAGAAUCUCACUCGACGGUGAUAUGACCGAGACCGAGACCAUCCCAUCCCCGGGCGGGGAGGCAGGUGAGCGAGGCGUGGCUGCCGGCAGCGGCGAGACGGGUGACCGUGGGGGAGUCGUAGCCGGCGGUAGUGAGGAAGAGAACGACAUCACAUCGGACGUGGUGGGUGAGAAGAAUCACAUGGCAGCCAACCACGCCACACAGAUGUUCGAGCUGCCCGCAGGUGACCACCACGGUGGCGAAGGUCCUGAUGUCCAUCAUGACCAGGAGAAGAAGCAGCAGCAGCAGCGGGCGGACGAGGACCCGCAGCAAGCCGUGGGGUCAACAGCUGUUGACCUUUGCAGGAGCAGGACCUCCAGCGCGUCCUUCCUUCGUCGAGAUGAAGUUCACGACGAGGAUCCCGUGGAGUUGGUGUGGGGAUCCGAACGGGCAGCAGCAGUGGCAGCAGCAGCGGCAUCGUCGACCACCGAGCCAGCUGCAGUCAGCAGCUCCACGCCACUGAACGCCAACAAGACCAGACUCUACUGCCGCCGUUGGGUCAUCGUGACAAUCUUCAGUAUCUACUCGCUGUCCAACGCCUUCCAGUGGAUCGAGUACAGCAUCAUCAACAACAUCUUCGUGCGCUUCUACGGGGUCGAUUCGGGCGCCGUGGACUGGCUGUCCAUGGUCUACAUGCUUGCCUACAUCCCACUCAUCUUCCCCAUCACCUGGCUUCUCGACCACUACGGACUGCGCACCACGGCGCUGCUGGCCACGGCUUUCGACGCCCUGGGCGCGUGGCUCAAGGUGGCGAGCGUGAGGCCCGAUGGCCUGGGAUUCGGGGUCACGGUGCUGGCCCAGACCGUGUGCGCCAUCUCCAACGCGUUCAUCAUCGGCAUGCCCUCGCGAGUGGCCGCCGUGUGGUUCGGACCUCAGGAGGUGUCCACAGCCUGCGCUCUGGGCGUCUUCGGGAACCAGGUGGGGAUCGCACUGGGAUUUCUUCUGCCACCCCUGAUUGUUCCUUACUCGGAGGAGGUCUCCGAGCUCAGCUACAACAUCAGCUGCAUGUUCUACGGAGCGGCGGCCGUUUCCACCGCGGUGUUCCUGCUCGUCACCCUACUGUUCCGGGAAAAACCUUCACUACCUCCGAGUCCAGCACAGGCACUGCUAUGGUACAACCCUCCCGAGCAUGAGUACUCCUACUUGGGCUCCUUGAAGCGCCUCAUGUACAAUCGCAGCUUUGUGCUUCUCGCCAUCACCUAUGGGAUCAUCACCGGCGUCUUCUACGCCAUCUCCACUCUCCUCAAUCAGAUGCUGAUCGAGCACUACCCGGGCGAGGAGAUUAACGCCGGGCGUAUUGGCCUCACCAUCGUCGUGCUCGGCAUGGUGGGUUCGGUGGCGUGCGGCGUCUGGCUUGACCGCACCAAGACCUACAAGCAGACGACCCUGCUGGUGUACAGCCUUUCGUUUGUCACCAUGGUCAUCUUCACAUUCACGCUGGAUCUCGGCUACAUCUGGGUGGUUUUCAUCACUGGUGGGGCCCUCGGUUUCUUCUGCGCGGGGUACCUGCCCGUGGGGUUUGAGUUUGCGGCCGAGCUCACGUACCCGGAGUCGGAGGGCACCUCGUCCGGGCUGCUCAACGUGUCGGCCCAGGGGUUUGGGAUCAUCUUCACGAUUGUGCAGGGCAGGCUGGUGACCGAAUUCUCCCCCAAGGCUGGGAAUAUCUUCCUGUGCACCUUCCUGCUGAUUGGCACCAUCAUGACCGUGUUCAUCAAGUCUGACCUGCGACGACAGAAAGCCAGUCUUGCUGGGAUACAGGGGGUUGAGCCGCUGAAGCAGGCCCUGACUGAGAUGGAGCCCAAUGGUGUGUGUGCCACCUACCAGCCACCCACCGUCCGCGAGAGCCUUGCUUGAGCGGGCAGAGGCCGGGGCAGCCGAAGGAAGAGUGGCCGCCCGCGUGCGUCGCUGGAGCCUUAAGACGCAACGCAAGCCUGCCUCCCCAUAACGAGUUCCCCAAACUGCAGACAGAGGUAGCAACAAGAACGCGCAAAGAGAGAUCCUGCAAACGUUGGCCUCAAUCGCACCACGUGGGGGCGGCAUGUGUACCGAGAUGAGAUUUUGAUUCUUGAGAUCAAACAGAGGGCUUUUAAUUUACUCACAGAUUGUUUUCUAGGCCACUGAAAGACCAGGAGGUGGCAUACGACCAAAGCCACAGCAAUAGCGUGAGGUAUAUUGGACGGUGGUGUGCUGGGUCUGAAAGUGGUUUUCUGGGUCGCUGACCCGGGACACGCAUGGCUGACACUCGGCUCUGGACGAAACGCUUUCACGCGACGAGAGUCCCGACUGCAAAGCCUCGAGCAAUGUUGAGCGAGAGACCGCGUUUGGUAUGAAAGUACCGAAAGGACAAGACGUGAAAGCAAGGGGCUGUUGAGUACGGUGACGAAUGCACUAUCUUAAUUGUGUGCGUCUCUUUCAACGUAGAAUCCGACAGCAUGAGGAGAUUGAAUUUUAACCAUUUAAAUACAUUCCUCAAAAAAAUGUAUAUUCUCAAACGUAGACACUGGAUGCAAUGUUAACGAAACCAAACUGGUUGCAGGGGGUAAAAAAAAAAAGAAUGUAAAAAAUGCAGACCAAUGCACUUGAUUAUUUCGUAUACAUCGACUGCGUGUGUGGGUAAUAUUUGCACGAUUUCUACAUGUAAUGUCGCUGAAUGUAAAGCCCUUGCCUUAAUUGCGUAUACAUUCUCCAUUGUUUUGACCUUCAUAUGUAUUUCUGUGCUUUUUUGUAACUAAUGCCUGUGAGGUGCGGUGAGCAUGAGAAAGGAGUGAGUGUACAAGCUUAAUGCUUUAUUAAUUGUCGUUGAAACCUGAGCGCUGUCAUUAAGCGGAACAAUUUAAAACAUAUACGCAAUGUUUACAAUGUAUGCAAUCAACGAUCUACUAUGCUAUAUAAAAAUAUAUGCAUCCUCUGCUAGAUUAUGUAAUGUAGACGGUUCGUUAAUAUGUGCUUAGAAUACUUGAUGUUUCUUUGUUUAUGAAUUUUACGUCAUUUAAUUUACUCCCAAGCUGUACCGCUGUGUGUGGUUAUUAAAGAAUGAUUUUGUGCCAGUAGCAAUAUAAUAAUAAAAGCAAUUAUCUUAU